CUUCCGUACUAAAGCUUAACACUGUAAUAAAAGUAAAUUCUACUUUCACUGACUUCUGCAAAACGCUUAAUGAAUGUUCAAAUGGCAAUGGAUUAGUUUUGGGUGCAGCUCCUGCGCGAUCAAUCCCAAUAGAAGAUGAUGAUAAAGUGAAAAGACUUUACCCUCAGGCUUUAGUAAAACAAAUGAACUUAAAAAACCGUCCACAAUAUGGUCCAUAUGAUAUUUUAGCGAAUUUUAAUUCGCAAGCAAACAUGUUUUUCCGAGGCGAUGGUAAAAUAAAACAAGGUCAGAAUGACUUUGAAUAUAUAAUAACUCAUGAAUUCAUUCAUGGACUAGGUUUUGGGUCAAGUUGGAGAAAUUAUUUUAGUGCUGAUAUAUUAACUCCAUUGCCAGUAACCGAUGGUCUGAGACUUUCUGGAUUUAUGGAAUCAGAAUUUGAUAGAUACAUGUUCGUUAAACAGAAUGGCACUUUUGUACCAAUUACUUCACUUACCAAACAAUUUAAUAGUCUUUUUACAAAUUCUUCAAUUAGUUUAACUCAAUUUGCAAAUUCAUCUCAAUUUUUACUUUCGCAACAAUUAUUCACUGCUGCAUCUACACAAUUCGCAAUGCAAUUUGUAAUCAGUUCAAAAGAUCAAGUAUUUCUAGAAACCGGUCUCAAACCUUUUCAAGAAGGGUCAAGUAUUAGUCAUGUGGAUAAAUCUUUUAUGCAAAAUGGUGAUUUUUUAAUGACAUUUGCUGCAAAAGAUGGUGUUACUCUAGAUGAUUUUUCUCAAUCUAAUAGGGUUUCUACUGGUGCUG